AUGUGGUGGCACCCUAUGAAGAUGAACCCCUUGAUGUUCAACAAACUGCUUACUAAGUUGGGUGUGUGUGGUAGCUGGCGUUUCGUGGACAUGUUAGGUCUGGAUGAGGAGGAUUUGUCGUCUGUACCACUUCCAUGCGGCACCGUCAUUCUGCGGUUCCUGCUAACGGAACAGCAUGAGUUGUUCCGGGAAGAGGAAGAAGAGCUGGUGUUUGGGGGUCUGACUGUUUUCUUCCUGAGAAACAAAGUGGUCAACUCAUGUGGCACCGUAGCUCUGCUGCAUGCAUUUGCCAAAAACUCCACCCACAUGGUAGUACCAUGGCCUGUGAAGAAGUUGGACGAGACAUAUUGGAUGACCCCCCUUAACAAAGCUGCCCACCUUGAGAUGAACCAGGCCACCAGAGAUGCCGGGUCGAAGCAGAUCACGUCAAACUUCCAUUUAACUACCUUUGUCAAGGUGAACGGAAUACUUUAUGAGCUGGAUCCUAGGAUGGAGAGGCCAGUAGUAAACCAUGGAGACACCCAGGACAACUCCUUCAUCUGGGAUGCGGCGCGUGUUUGUCAGGAGUUUGUGGAGAGAGAGAGAGGGAGGUCCACUUCUCUGCUAUAGCCUUCUGUUGCUCCAAGAAGGCACACA